UUUUUACUUUCAGUUUGUUAAAAGCAACUAAUUUUCGAGGAUUACUUUAAAAUGGAAACCGGAAUGAAAGGAAAUUAUACUUACGUUGGUUUAGACAUCGACACAACGGGUCGUCGUUUAAUUGAUGAGAUUGUUAACAUUGCCGCUUACACGCCAGAUGCACAAUUUUCACAACACAUCAUGCCUUUAAUGAAUUUGAAUCCUGGGGCACGUCAACGUCAUCAGAUUCGUGUAAUUAACGUCGGAUGCUUCCGUAUGCUGAAAUCUUUACAAACCUACAAGGUAAUAAAAACAAAAACUGAAAUCGCAGCACUCCUAGAUUUCCUGGAUUGGCUGGACACCAUCAAUACCAAAGAUGGAAUCAUCUUCGUGUAUCACGAUCAGGCGAAAUUUACGCCUUACAUGGUUAUUGAAGCCAUGCGCAAAUAUCGUCUCAUGGAACGAUUUGAGAAGAUUGUCAAGUCAUUUGUUAAUGGCUACGAUUUAGCAAGUGAGAAGCAUGGUGGACUUGGGAUUCGUUAUCUGAACUUAUGUCAGAAUGUUAAAGUUCAACGAGAACGCUUGGGAAUGGAGGCAGUUGAAUUGAAUGAGUUCGAAGGUGAUGCAACUGUUCGCGCCAAACUUAGUUAUGAUAUCUGCAUGCUCAUGGCACAUGGCGGUGAAAAGAAGGAAGUCGAACCUGAAAAAUUCAACGAGAUUGCAAACGAAUUCAUUCGUGAAAAGGCUUGCGACAUUCAACACGAAUUGGAAGAGAUUGCAGAACAAGAAGAAUGCAUCAAACGUCAGUCAUCAUUGCGAGAAGUUUUCCGAUCAUAUUUCCAGACAUCUCGCUUCCAUCGUCGCCGUGCUGUUACAUUCCGUCGCGUUCUUGCUGAAGGCAAAUAUGACAUGGAAAGCCUUCAAAAAAUGUGGACCGAUGGGAAACGUGACGCAAUUGUUGAAGCUGUCAAAAAGUUGGAGACAUUAAAAGAGGAUGAAUUUGAUGAAUUAGUUGAUAUCCUCGAUUCUCAUUUCGAUCCUGAGAAGAAAGCUAUUAAACCAAUUGUUCAACGCCGUGACAGCACCAGCGGUGGUGGUGGAGGUAAUGGACGUCCACGUCGUCGUCGCAACAAGCGUGGACGAAGCGUUAACAAAGAAAAUCAAGGCCAACGUAGCAAUUCACGUCGAAAGCGUUCAACUGAUAAGAGAUUGAACAACAACAACAACAACAACAACAAUAAUAAUAAUAACAACAACAAUGUCACCAAUCUUAACAGCUAUGCUGAUCCCAAAACUGGUGCCAUUCGUAAGGAUCAUCAACAGCUUGAUGCUAAUCAGAAUGCAAUUCUUACAGAAUUUUUCGAAGAUGAUGGACAAAUUAUGACGCCACUCGUUGUCGCAUGCAGUUAUGGACGCGAGAAAGUUGUUCAAAUGUUGCUAGCAAAUUAUAAAAUUGAUUUAGAAAAGCGUUGUACGGUGAAGACUGACGGACACAUCGUGCAUGGUGCGAGUGCUUUAUGGGUCGCUGCUAGUUCAGGUCACUUAAACGUUAUCAAACUAUUAGUAAAGCAUGGAGCUAAUGUGAAUCAUAAAACCGACACCGAUUCGUCUCCACUUCGUGCUGCUUGUUUCGAUGGGCGUCUGGAUAUUGUUCAAUAUCUUGUCAAUCAUAAUGCUGAUAUAAAUUUACGAAAUAUUUAUAACAACACAUGUUUGAUGAUCUCAUCGUAUAAAGGAUACACAGAUGUUGUUGAAUAUUUACUUCAAAACGGUGCAAACCCAAACGAUCAAGCGAACUGUAAAGCGACUGCACUUCAUUAUGCAAGUGAAUGCGGACAUUUGGAGAUUUGUGAAAUGCUUUUAGAUUACGGUGGUGACAUCGGUAUGUUGAAUGAAUAUGGAAUGUCACCAGUGAUAACAGCAGCUGAGAGAACAAAAGAGGAAGUCGUUGAGAUGUUUUGCAAUCGAAAGAAUUUAUUGACGAAAGAAGAGAAAAUUGAUGCUCAUGAGUUGAUUGGUGCAUCGUUUGCUAACGAUAAGGAGAAUUACAGUCUACAAAAAGCUUUUCAUUAUCUUCUUCUUGCCAUGCAAUUGCGUUACGAUGAUCUUGAUGAUAUUGUGAAGAAAGUACUCAAACCACCAGUUCCAGCUUAUGAGAAUUGGAUUGAAUGCAUGUCACUUCAAGAUCUCGUCGCUAUUCAAUAUAAUCACAAUUCACUUCACAUGGAAGCUUUAACAAUUCGUGAAAGAAUUCUCGGCGUUCAUUGCCCGGAAGUUGUUCAUCCUGUAGUGUUUCGUGGAGCUGUUUGUGCUGACAAUGGUCGUUUUGAUCGAUGUGAAGCUUUGUGGCUUCAUGCAUUGAAUCUUCGUCAGGGAAAUAAUAUUGCCGUUCAAAGAGAUUUACUUCGUUUCGCUCAACUUUUUAGUCAAAUGAUUUACAUUGAGACUGUGACGUUACGUGUUGGUAACGUACUUCAAGUGCUUCAAUCAACAAUUCUCGAAUUGGAGAGAAAUAUGGAGAAAUUAGUGAAUCCGGGACCAAAAGAUGAUCCUGAAGUUAUUGUUGAAGAAUACGAGACAAAUAUUUUCACAGCACUUUAUUUGCUGACAAUCAUGACGAAAUUGAUGAAAAGUCGUUAUACAAAUAUCACAAGUGAUCAUCUUAAAGAUCUUUACCGAAUGGUUUAUCAACUUAAUCGAAUGGAUGUUAAAUUGAGAGACGGACAACGUUUAAUUCAUUUGGCAGUGAAUGGAAUAUCGCCAGUUGAUGACUUUCACACCAGUGAUGUGUGUAAGUUUCCUUGCCUCGACACUGUCAAAUUGCUUCUUCAUUGCGGAGCGGGCGUUGAUUGCUUUGACUGCGAACGCAACACACCACUUCAUACACUAUCAUGUACUUUCCAAGUUUAUCGACCAGCUUCAACUGAGUUGAUGUCGAAAGUAGAGGAAAUAACUAAACUCUUCAUAGAUGCUGGUAUUCAUCUUGACAGUGUUAAUAGCGAUGGUCAAACUGCCGCUAGAAAUUGUAACUCAACUCACCUGCAAGCUUUCAUCAAACGAUACGAGAUUAACUCAACAACACUUAAGUGUCUCGCAUCACGAAUCAUCGCUCAACAUCGACUCGAGUAUCGCAACAAUGUUCCAGCUAAUCUCGAGAAAUUUAUUCAGCUUCAUUCAACUGAUAAGCUUUAAUAACUUUAAUUUUUUGACUGAAGCUGCUGUUGUUAGUAAACGAAAACUUUGAGACUGGAACAAUGCGUUCAUGGAACUUUUCAUCAUC